CGCCCCCUGGAGUCCCAGCAUCUGUAUGUGCCCGGAAAGAGAGGGAAACAGCUGGAGGUUUCAGCUGUCACCGUCUGUGUCCCUCCGUCAGGGCGUUGCAAGCUUUACCAAACAGGAGGGAGCCAGGCCAAGUUGUCCUUUUCUCAUUAUUUGGCGGACUAAUGUUUAACCUGUCGUAGAUAUGGAUUUCGACGCUUUAUUUAACGAGAAUACAUUUCAGUUCUCGGAUUUCCAAGAGUUCACGUUUCUUCCUGGACACCAGAAAUUGACCGAAAGAGUGAGAAAGCGAUUAUAUUAUGGCCUGGACAAUGAUGUUUCUUUAGAUGCCCUUUCCUGCCCUGUUACAGAUAUUGCCGUCGAAAUCUUCCAAAAGUCUGCCCCAAGCCCAAUACGAAAGCUCCAGAAGAAGUAUGCUGCCCAUGUUGCCAGGGAGGCCUGCAUUUCUCCGUGUGCCAUGAUGCUGGCUCUUGUUUACAUAGAAAGGCUUAGACAUAGAAACCCUGAAUACCUCCAAAAGAUCUCCUCCUCUGACCUCUUCUUGAUCUCCAUGAUGGUUGCCAGCAAGUACCUGUAUGAUGAAGGUGAAGAAGAGGAGGUGUUCAAUGAUGAAUGGGGAGCAGCUGGGAAGUUGGAUGUCAAAACUGUCAACAACCUGGAGAUGAACUUCUUGAACGCCAUUGAGUGGAGCCUCUUCGCUGACCCGAAUGACUUCUUUGAUUUACUAAGUCAACUGGAGACCAGCAUUGCGGAGCGGCAGGGGAUGAAACGCGGCUGGUUCACCUACACUGACCUCUGUGUGCUGCUAGAGCACUCUGUAUGGAGUCAAGCCCUCACAGCCAUCUACCAGCACUUUACUAAGGUAUCCUGUAUGCUUGGCCUGGUCUAUCUAACCAGUGUGGCUGGCCUUAUUGCCACCAGUGCUGUGAUUCACCAGCUCAGUCUCUCUAGAGGAGGCCAGUCUCUUCUUCCGCCAGAUGAGAUCAGCCUGACCCACUUUUUGGCUUCCAACCUGAGUCCAGAAACCUCUUCCUCAGCCCGCCGCCUCCCUUGUUGUGUUCUGGCCAACAAGAGUGUUAACCGUCAGACUGGCUCACCUGGAAGCAGGCAACACCACAGUCAAAGGCCUCCAUUAUCUUCCACACAAACAUCUGUAUUGUGUCUCUGGGGCUCCCUGCUUGCCUCGAUGGGUCAUAUACAUCCUGAAACGAAACCUGAUGUGGAAGCCUCCCAGACCUGGUCUCCUGUGUCCUUCAUCUGUCCUGGCUGUCUCGCAACACUCCCUCCUCUUGCUUGCGGGCUUCGAAACACCUCAUCAGUCCUCCCUCACGGCCCCUUUGAAAACCAUCAGCCUCAUUUGUCGUGGUUCUCCUCCAGCCUCCUCGGUGCUACCAAGCCAAGUGUGGACUCUCAUCUAGAUAUUUUUCCUCCUGUACAGCUGCGACCUUGCCACCCAAAGUCUAUGCUGCCAGUUGACAAAGUCCAAGCUCUGCUUAUGCCUGGCUAGAAAUGGCAGAGCUAUUCAUCCUGUAGUAAUGGACUCUGGAAAUGAAACCAGCAUUGUUGUUGUCACUCAUCUACUGCUUCAAGGCUUGUUUGUUUUUUUUACAUUUCCAGAUCUAGAAUACAGGAGAAAAUACAAGAGGAGUUGGGCACUUUUCCAAGAGGUUCACAGGGAGGAAAUUUCUAUAUAGUUAAAUACUGCAGGGUAAAUUUGAGUCAAUUCAAAUACCACAAUGCUUGAUUAAUCACAAGUGUUGUAAAGUUUGGUUCAUUUAAUUCUCUGCAGCAACUAAAUUCACAUUAUCACCCUUCUGUUUUAAGAGUUCGCCACUGUCGCUUGCUGUUGUAGGGCUUUUGAAUUGAAUGUGUUCCGAGUUGCUGUGUCACAGCGGUAAUUUUUAAAGUGGACAUGAACCACUGUAUGUGUAAAGGCUAAUUUACUCGAUGGAGUCCUGCUCUCAACAACUGACAUGGAUGUAAUACUGUCUGUUAAGCUGGAUUUACGAAUUAAGUGACGUUAAAGUUUAUAAAACAUGUUUAGCGCCAUCUUGUGUCAAUAUAGACCGUGAUAUCGUCGGGUUGGUUGCAGUAAAAAAGACUUGCGUUAGUUGACUAAUAACUGAACCAAUAACUCAGGGGAAAACAGGGUCACUAAAACUAAAAAUCAGUGUAGGGGUUUACUUUUGUGCUGCCACUGGCUGCAACAAUGAGUUUCAUGCUAACAAAUCGACUCCACUGUCACUCUCUGUCUCUUAAGCAGUAAGUGGUUUUAGGUAGUUUGGCUGGCUGCACUCAAACAGGAAACUCCACCUGUUAGUCGUUAUGUUUCGGUUUCUGAUGCAUUUUAUAAAUGAGAACAGUGUGGAGGAGAGCCUGUUUGAAUCACCAGACUGGCAAGCUGGAGUCCAACACUACAGCUUUUUCUCACCAAGCUGUGCAAUCAGCUGACAAAGCAGAUGUUUGCAAGAUGUGAUCAGCGCUGUUUUCUCUAAUAAAAUGUCCUGUCUUUUCCCAAGCACAGCUAAACAGUUUAUAUCACAGGUUACAUCCACAUUACAAUCUCCUUCACUUACUUUUCCUCACUUGUAAGAUUUUAAAAAAUGCAUAAAAUAACGCUGAUCACAUCAGCUGAUUGUGCCGCUUGGUACACACGACCAGACGAGGAAAAAUCAGAGUUUCUGACUUCCGGUCAUCGGCCUGCUGAAACACCCUCCAGCU